CAAUUUUGUACUCCCGUUUGGAGGCUCUCAGUAGCUGCGGAGCGGUGUGGCGUGGAAGCCACAAGCGUUAAGCCCUAACGCUUCGAAGCGGCAUCCGAACGGCAGGUCAAACUUCAUUCUCAUUCCGUUUUCUUUGUGCUCGUUUGAUUGCUGAGAAAAUCUCAAGUAGAAAAAUAACCAGAGGAAAAAAGAAAAAAAGGUGAACCAUUGGUUUCUCCGCAUCUGGAUUGCGAGAAAGCAGAAGCCAACAUUUGACAGAUCUUAAUACAGCCAGUUGGCUCAGUGGAGCCGAGCAAUAGCAUUUUAUUUGGUGGAAAACGAGAGCACCGGUACGAUAGAGACUCAGGAGUUAGGAUAACUAUCAAGUAUGCUGCCUCCACCAAAUGUGUGGAUAGUUUCCCUACUUGUUCUCUUGUGCUGAUGAUAUUACCUAAACUUAUCUGCACUCCUCUUCUGAGAACACCUUUUGAUAAGACUGGCAAGGUUCUUGGAUCUGGGAUCAUAUAAGAAAUAAUGCCCUGUGGAAGCUGAUCACCUGUUUGGAACUGCUUGAUUGACCUUUUGGCAGUUUAUCUGACACAAGCAGGACAUCCAGUGUUUGGGGAGGUUCUGAAAGGAGAUGGAAGUUUCCAGGCCUCUCAAUCCAAAUGAUGUGUCAAAGCGCCAUGCUUUAACUCCAUUGAGGCUAUUAAGGGGUUUGAUAUGUUUACUGGUGCUAUUGUCAACAGCAUUUAUGAUGUUAGUGUUCUGUGGCUUUUUUACUGCAGUAGUGUUUCGACCUUUUAGCAGACACUACAGCCGAACAGUAACAUCCUUUUUCUUUGGUGCUUGGCUAGCUUUGUGGCCUUUCCUAUUUGAAAAGAUAAACAAAACAAAGGUGGUUUUUUCUGGUGAAACUGUUCCCAAAGGGGAGCGUGUUUUACUUAUUGCAAACCAUAGAACUGAGGUUGAUUGGAUGUAUCUGUGGGACCUCGCAUUGCGGAAGGGAUGCCUUGGAUGCAUAAAGUACAUCCUUAAGAGCAGCUUGAUGAAAUUGCCUGUAUUUGGUUGGGGAUUUCACAUCAUGGAGUUCAUUCCAGUGGAGAGGAAAUGGGAGAUUGAUGAACCACUUAUGCACCAAAUGCUUUCAACUUUCAGAGAUCCUCGAGAUCCCCUGUGGCUUGCUGUCUUUCCAGAAGGCACAGAUUUCACUGAACAGAAGUGUAUUCGAAGUCAAAAGUAUGCAGCUGAAAAGGGCUUACCCAUCCUAAAAAAUGUGCUUCUUCCAAAAACAAAGGGUUUCUGUGCCUGCUUGGAAGAUUUGAGGGGCUCCUUGGAUGCAGUUUAUGAUUUAACCAUUGGUUACAAGCAUCAGUGCCCCUCUUUCUUGGAUAAUGUAUUUGGUGUGGACCCUUCAGAAGUUCAUAUGCAUGUUCGGCGCAUCCCCUUAAACAACAUUCCUACAUCAGAAAAAGAGGUUGCUACAUGGUUGAUGGAUACAUUCAUUCUCAAAGACCAGCUGCUUUCUAAUUUUUAUUCUCAAGGCGGUUUUCCUCAUCAAGGAACAGAAGGGACCCUCUCUACAAUGAAGUGCUUGGUGAAUUUUGUUGCUGUAAUUGGAUUGACUGGCAUAUUUACUUUCUUCGCCCUUUUUUCAUCCAUCUGGUUCAAAAUUUAUGUAUCCUUAGUCUGUGUGUAUCUGGCUUCUGCUACCUAUUUCAAUCUUCGGCCAUCGCCAAUUUUGUCUUCGUAAAAGGGUUCUUUAGUUACAAGUAUCCAAGUAUUGAACAGUCACUUUUAUUGGGUUCAGACUUUUUAUAUGCAUCAAAAGGAGAAAAAAAGGGGUUCUCACUGUUAAUUCGACUCUAUACAGUUUUGUUUAUGCAAGUUUUAAUGUUCUGUUUUUA